CAGAAAUGUCAGGCUACAAGCUUGUUUACUUUCCAAUCCGCGGUCGAGGAGAAAGAACUCGAUUGGCUUUCGCAGCGGCUAAAAUUGAUUUCGAGGACACCAGGCUGCCUUUUGAGGAAUGGGCAAAGGAGAAAGCAUGUAAGUGGAUUUCCACAAUAAUCACGCCCUUUUUUCUAAUCACUUAAGCUAUUAUAGUUUUCUAAGCACUUAAAUAGCCUUUUAAAACAGUAUGCUCGAUUGAACAUGGCUUACGCGCGAGGUAAGCUUUACUCGUGUUUGCUGAGUAUAUAAAUAAAAUUAUGUAGUACAGUUUAAUCCUCAAAUCAGUAAAUCUUGUUACUGAGUNAAAGUUGACCGCAGAUGGCAUUAUAUUUUUUGCGUAUGUUUGAAUAUAUUAACAACUGAUUAAACACCGACAACUGCUUAGUCACGAUUUCUUUAAGACCUUCAGUGGGCAAGUGUGUUUUGGGCGUGCAGUGAAGAAUCUUCAGAAACGUCUGCAGAAAUGUCAGGCUACAAGCUUGUUUACUUUCCAAUCCGCGGUCGAGGAGAAAGAACUCGAUUGGCUUUCGCAGCGGCUAAAAUUGAUUUCGAGGACACCAGGCUGCCUUUUGAGGAAUGGGCGAAGGAGAAAGCAUGUAAGUGGAUUUCCACUAUAAUCACGCCCUUUUUUCCAGUUACUUAAGCUAUUAUAGUUUUCUAAGCACUUAAAUAGCCUUUUAAAACAGUAUGCUCGAUUGAACAUGGCUUACGCGCGAGGUAAGCUUUACUCGUGUUUGCUGAGUAUAUAAAUAAAAUUAUGUAGUACAGUUUAAUCCUCAAAUCAGUAAAUCUUGUUACUGAGUUGCAUUGGCGACUAGACGGUCAACCAAUGCAGCGAAACCACUCCUAUCUUGCGUACACCUCCUUGCUUGUUUCAAUAAUUUAGCGAUAUUUAUCCAAGGGUCCCGUUGAUAUGGACGCUUUGACUUCGCAAUGGACUCAGUGUUCACAUCACGGCAUAGUGUUCACAACGGCAAACAUGACCAAUAUAUUUUCAAUCACAUUUCUGAGACUGUUGUUUUUUGUUUUUCGCGGUGGGCAUGCGCAACCGAAAACAAAAUCAUCAAAAGGAAACGAGCGAAACGGACGUAACGAACCAAACGAAGCACCUAAACUUAACGUGUGUUUGAACGAAACGGCCGGAACGACCAAAACGAGUCCAACAAAACAAGCAAUACGACUUACCAUACUGGUUGAAACAAGCAAAAGGUGGAAAGUUGAGGAAAUAUCAUCGAUGUCUGUUCGACUAUUAUCUCGUAUUUACGUCGGGAACUUUUUAAAAAAGACAUUUUUGACAACUUAGUUUUUGCAUUGGCUGACAUCUCCGUUUUGCGAACGACAGUGGCCCGGGAGUGUCCACGGCCGCCAACGACGGGAAUUGAAACUAAAACGCCUUAUUUCGCAAUGCGCACGAGUCAAUGUAGUGUUUGUAAAGAAAUGUUCAUCUCUUUUUUUAUCCGUUUUCUUUUUUUGUUUCAGCUGGCAGACCGCCUUUUGGUCAUUUGCCCUACCUUGUGACUCCUGAAGGAAAAAUCUUGGGACAGUCUGGUUCAGUUACUAAAUAUAUCUGCAAGAAAGGAGGUGAUUUAUCAACAAGGGUUAUUGGUUGGCAUGAGUAACUAAAUUCAAUCUCAAAAAUUUCCGGGGGCCAGUUUAAAGGCGAGGUGUAGCUAGGCGUGCAGUUGAUGUCCUGGUAUGCUUAAGAGAUUGAUGUUUUAAAAAUGAAUGGCUUUGUAAGCGAGCUAGACGAAGGGAAUUCUUUGCUCUGAUUGGACGCCCGAGAGAGUAAAAUAAUAUAGUACCGUGUUGACCAAGCGUGAAGUCAAGAUGGCAGGAAAUAGACCUUUGUCACGCUGUGGCAAUUUUGUCUCAGGAGCCUUGUUUAUGCACGGCUAGCCUUGUAGAGACAAAGAGGCCAGCCGUGCAUAAACAAAGCUUUUUAAAUCUGCUAAGACAAAAUGGCCGCCGCCUGGGCAAAAGUCUAUUGGCCACGUUUUUCUUUUUUGCGUUUUUAUGAACUCCGACUCCGUCUGGGUCAAUUAAAACGCAAAAAAGAACUAAACAAGGCUAAUAUUCCUGCUACCUUGGCUGAAAAAUAGCAAUCUCGGUCAAUAAAUGAUCUAUUACAUGGCCGUCAUAAAGAUAACUUUUUCUUGCUGGACCAACGUGGGAAAUCCCCAGCGGGCAAGAUGGUCCAGCAACUUGACCGAUGUAAAAUGGUGGCAACCGGUGUCGAUCCGCGCCUGCUUGUCAAUCAUUAGCCACAGAAUCUAUGAAAAAUAGCUUUCCCAACGUAUUAACGAACUUAAAAUGCAUCAUCAGCAUUGCAUUUUUUACCCUGCGAGCAGAGUCUCCUUCGAUCUUCCUUGACUCUGCUCGCAGGGUAUGCUUUUUAUAGGAAAUCCUUUCUUUUUCUGCAUUUCGUCUUUAUUUUAUGGUUUUUAGGACUGUGCCCAGCUGACAGUUUCGAUGAAGCGACAGCGGAUUCGAUAGGUGAUGAAGCUAUGGAUUUGGUUGAGGCUGUGAUCAAGCUACACUUUGAGAAAGACGAAAAGAAGAAGGUAAUGGCUUGGCCGAAAUGCUAAUAGACCAAUUUCAGUACAUUAAAAUUCCGACCUUGCAACAAGGGUUGGGUACCCUGGAUGCCAGCGGCUUUUUGUGCGCGGUUUCCGGUCUUGGUUAAGACUAAAAAAGUGACCAGAAGACGUGUCGGCCUGCGAUCAACGAAGGUCCUCGUCGCAGGCGAGAAAAAACUUGUGGUACGACAGGGUAAUUCUUCAGGGAAUAAAACAAAAGAAAUAUAGUAUUCAUUGCUGAGCCUCAAGAUUAUUUCUUUUGAUUUAUUCUCCUGAGCCUCGGUGCCAAGUCUGAAUGUUGAUUGGUCUAACCAACCUUGUUCCCAGAGUCCUCUCCUGCUCAUCGCCCCCCAGGAAGAACGACAGAGAGGAACCUGGGAACGAGGUUUGUAACUUGAGAAAUUACUUGAGUAUGACAAAUCAAACAAGAUAUGUCUUUGAAGCAUUGCAUCAAAUAACAAAAAUGACCUUUGAAAAAUUGGUUGUUACGCCAUACUGACUAUCCCCAACGAGGGCGAAACAGCUGUCUAUGGCUACAAUCCCGCUCUGUUUUGAGUUCUUUCGGUGUCGUGUUGAUGUCUUGAGGAGUUAAUUUUCACGCAGUACGAUCAGCAUUGCAGUAUUCUGCUUGCAGAAUUUAGUAUGUCUGAAAACAGAGAGUGAGACUGGGGAGAGACGCUAAAAAUACGAAUUGACCGUUUUGCAUACCUUAUAUUAGCCUGCGAGCAAGCUCUUCAUUUGCUAUUAUUUUGGAGCAAUCAGUGAGGAAGAGUUUUUGUGUAAGGGGGAGCCUCUCACGCCCGUAGGCUCUUUGAUUGAUUCCGCGAGAGAAUAUCGCGUGUCAUUGUCUACACUUGGCUUCGAAUCUUGUGGUAAACGCUUCAUCCAGUAAUUCCGAAAUAGACUUGAGCGUUGUUUCCUUGUGCAAUGUAGUGUUUUCUGGAAGACCAAAAUUGAGUGGAAGUGUCAGCAAACUGACAAAGCCUGUGCUUGAAGCGGUGUGUCAGUAAAGGGACACUUCUGCCUUAGCAACAUUGUAAUGAAAAAAGGGCUUCGAAACGCUCUUCAAUUAUUAACUAGUAGUUCAAAGCCUGGAUCAAGAAACGCUUUACCCAUGACAAUGUCUCAGUCCAAAUGUGAUACUUAAGAAAGAAGAAAGAAACUUACAGAUAUAGAUUAAAACACUCUCAGCGGUCACCGACCCAUCCUAACGUAGCUCACCCUUGCCGCGACUUAAAUUGCAGCACGCUAGCGCGCCCAACAUAUAACUGCCGUGGUUCUUUUUCCUAUAUUUUAGGAUUCAGUCCCGUGAGGAAAUGAUCUCUAACUUUUGUUUUGUUUUUUAGGAAGAAUCAACGAAGAAAUUUUUCGAAACUACACUUCCUGAUGAACUUAAAAAUUUUGAUGCUAUUCUUAAAAGCAGGGAUGGGGGCAAGGCCUUCUUUUUAGGCGAAAAGGUAAGAUUAGAAGAAUUACAAGGCGUGGCGCGGGGUGAUUUCGGAAUGAGGCAAUCAAGCAGAGUCAAACCCCGUUAACCCUUUAAAAGUCCCAAGUGUGAUCAACAUCAAAUUUCUCUUUGUAAUUAUCAAUGCUUCGUAAAACAGAGUGUGGUCAUGAGAAUUACGGACACGGAUCACACAAGAUGAAUUUGCUUGAUAUUUUAUCAACUUCCCCCACUAUAUCUGUAGGAAAUGAAUAGGACCAACAAAAGACAUUUCAAAUUUUGAUCUUAGGGUUUAAAGGGUCAAUACGGACACUGAGGAUGCCAUAGAAAAUGUCCGUGUCUAUCAUGACUAAAGGGGGGGUUGGUUACCAGUGGUGGCUUGGACCGUUAAAAAAGGGAAAGACCGUUAACGGAAGAGAAAUAGGCCAUGCCUGCAAAGCCAUAACAAUAUUUUUUUGUUUCUUUUCUGCAGCUGACCUCUGCCGACAUCCUGUUCUUUGACUUUUGCAACAGCUUUCUUUCCAAGGGUGAACCAACUGUUCCUGAACCGCUCAAGAAGUUUCCGCUGUUGGAGAAACACUACAAUCGUGUGUUAAACGUUCCGGAAAUAAAUGCCUGGAUCACGAAACGCCCAAAAAGCGAACUAUAA